AAUUAGUAAAGAAUACACGGUGUUAUUGCUGUUUUAAAUUACUGUGAGAGUUGACAAUGUGUAACUAAUUUGACAAAUCACGCUAACUUCCGACCGCAGCUGUAUCCCUUCUAGGAAUCCCCGCGAAAAACUUCUCACGUGGUGUUGUUGUUGCUGCUGCAAUGGCGACUCGAGGCAAAUCAGCUCGUAAGCGAAAGGCAGAUUCAGACGAAAGAGAUAAGCUUGUUGAUGAAAAGAAAGAAAAGCUUGAGAUUAAGGAUGAAGAAACAGGACUGAGGGUGGUUAUCGAGCAUUGUAAGAGCUGACGGGUUUACGGGCGCAAUGCGGACCUCGUGCGGGAGGCACUUGCAGAUUCGCACCCUGACCUCAAAGUGCUGAUAAACCCUCAAAAACCCAGGAGAAACAGCUUUGAAAUCACGCUGAUGGACGGAGAAAAAGAGGAUGUUUUGUGGUCCGGUAUUAAAAAGGGUCCUCCACGCAAACUCAAGUUCCCUGAGCCCGCUGAAGUGGUGACCGCCCUGAAACAAGCGCUGGAGAAAGAGUAAAGACUGACUGUUUUCUGUGCUCCUGGACACUGGAUGCAUUUAUGAUGUGAAUGGACUAAUGGGAAAAUCUCCCCGUCUGUUUACUGAUGACCGGCUCUGCUGUUCUGGACUGGAAUGCUGACUUUGCCUCGUUUCUUCUGUUAAACCAUUGUUCAGUUCUGCUGUCAUGUGAUUAGUGUUAUAUCACAUUUACAUGUCUGUUUUCUACGUUAGUAUCUGUGUCAUUCACCUUUUAACUGUUUGAAUGGCACAAAUAAACCAAGUAUUUCUGAAAAAAAA